ACAUCGUUUCAAGGCCGCCGUCUUUCAGUGAAAUAAAAAAAAAAUAUAAUACUUUUACUCUCGUUCUCGCAAUAGUACCAUGAUAAUAGUCAUAUUGUUAUGCGUGUGUAGGCUGUGCAAGGUACACUCGUACCUACUCUCACGGUUGCCAUCGCGUAGUCGAAUUUCGUUCGUUUUCCGCAGCUCCGUUACCGUUGCUCACGCGGUGAUAGUAAUAAUAAUAAUAAUAAUAAUAAUAGUAAUUUCUAUUAUUAUUAUUCGGCACGAGACCAUUGACACGGCGGCAAACGACGUCGAAUCGCCGCCAGAAUACGGUUAUUCAAUAAUAUUAUUGUAAUCAAUUUUCUCACCGGUCCAUUCAUUAUUCGAACGUCCGUCCACUGUGCGUGCGCGUACGCGAUUCAUUAUGUUUAUCAUUAUUUGUAUCUAGAUCAUUGUUGUUGACUAUCUCGUUGCUGAACACGACGACGUGGGUUUCUUCAAGGUUUUGCAUCCUUAGAUUUUUCAUAAUUUUGACAUUUACAACUCGCCAUCGUAUACGUAGUAUGAUUGGGAUACGUUCUCUGUUGCGUUUUAAAACAACUUAUUCCAAAAAAGAUCUGGGAAAAAUAUUCAAAAAUAUGAACAGAGAUACCAAGCAGUUGUUCGGUGAUCUUUUGGAGACUAACAAAAUAAGAAAAAAACGUCUGAAAAGCACGGAUGGAAGCCACGCAGUCAAAGUGGAAAGAGUUAAUGACAAUGUCGAUCGGCUGAAGUUAAAGAUCAAACCGAUUGCAAAAGACAGUUUCAGUAUGGUCGAUCAUUCUAAGCGGGAUUUGAACGAAGAAUAUUACCAACAGUUUGUAGCUGCAGUGUGUCACGACAAAGUUAUUGUACGUAAAAGCUCCGAAUGUGAUGUGGUACCGUCAGUAACGAACAUCCUUAACGCUACAAUGUCGGAGAAGUCAAAGGCGGCUUUAGAAAAUUGGAAAAGGAGCAUGAUUGAAAAAAUGGGAGAAGACGGAUUCAACGAGUACAGCAGAGAGUUAAUGGCUAUGGGAAGGGCUAUGCAUAGUAAAAUACAGUCGUAUUUUACCGGUAGUCUGGACGAAGUGAGUCAUUACGAAGAAGUAGAGAAUUGUUGGAGAAGUUUGAAUGCUGUUCUGAAUAACAUUUCGAAGCCGAUUCUUGUCGAAAAAAUGGUCGUCCAUAAGGAGCUGAUGUACAAAGGCAUUGUGGAUUGUGUUGCAUUUUAUAAACAUACUCCCGUUGUAAUAGAGUGGAAGAAGUCAUCACGUGACAAGUUGACUUUGCAGGCAACGUAUGACGCUCCUAUUCAACUAGCUGCUUACAUGGGAGCUGUGAACAACGACAUUUCCUACGACUUUAAGGUUGAAGAAGGAUUAGUAGUUGUCGCAUAUAGUGACGGCCAUCCUGCUAACGUUUUCAAACUAACAAAACAAUCCUGCCUAGAUUAUUGGACAGUUUGGAUGCUACGGCUAAAUAAAUACAAGCAAGUUAAAAGUAAUUUUAAGUAA